AAAUAGAGUUACGGGGAAUAGUAGGCCCAAGUCUGAUUAAAAAGCAUAACUGAGCCCACUUGUGUUUCCAGUUAAUAAUCCGCCUCCCUUCGUAUAGAACUAGGGUUUUAGGAUUAGGAAGAGAACAUUUUCCUCCGAUUAAGCGAUUUGAUAUUUUUCGCCGGCAUGUCCUACAGUAUACACGAUGCCGAAGAAGGGUGAAGAUGCAAAAUCUGCUGUUUCUCUAGAGAAAAAGAAGAAAAAGCCCACUUCUGGCUCAUCGUCUUCGGCACCUGAAGACCAAACGAAGAGCCUAUCUGCUAAAGAACAGAUUAAUGCAAUCUUCGCUUCUGUCGGAAAGAAAAGGAAGAAGCCGGAUGACGAUAAAGACAAGAAACCCAAGAAGAAAGAAACCCUUGUAAACGAUCCCACCAAAAGGGUUUCGAAAAUUUCUGGCGGUGAUAAGUUGAAUUCGAAGAAAAAUGACAGUAGCAGCAGCAAGAAGGUGAAUAGGGAUAGAGGUCCCAGGAAGAGGACUAAGGAUGGUUUAGCAAUUUAUACAGAAGACGAAUUGAAUAUUCGGAAUCCGAAUGCUGGAAGAACUCGCCUCUGUCCAUUUGAUUGUGACUGUUGCUUUUGAAAGGCAUCUUCAGCUGCUUGUUCAUCAUCCUCUGCAGGUGGAGUUCAUUUGCAGAAAUUCGUAGGUUCGUUUUGCUGUAUUGUCUGUAUCCUUUAAAACUAUACAAAUAUGAGUUGAAUCAUUGCCAGCUCAAAGAUCCAAUUUUUGAUUUUUUGAAUAACUAGUCCCAGAACUUCAAUGUUUGACUAGUUUUGUUACCUAUGUAUGUAUUCUUCUGUCAAUCACUGGUAGAGUUUGUAAUGUUCUGAUUGUUAGAAGUUUGUAUGCGGUUAUUGAAGAGCCCCUGUUCGAAGAAGCAUUGGGUUUUAGAAUGUAGGUCGAUUCUCUAGGAAUUGUAACAUCUAUAUCAUUGGAUUUUCCUCUUUGUCGAUUUCGGUUUUCCUUGAUUGUGGAUUCAAAAUGCAAUGUUGCAUGCGGAGGAAAAUAUUGUUGGCCAUCUAAAGAUGCUUUCUUUUUUUGCUGCUAAAUUCCUGGAAAUGUAUUGAUUUCUUUAGCCUUUGUAAACUAGAAGGUUGAUAGUCAUAAUUAUGACGGGCAAAAAAGAGUGUUGCCAAUCAGGAAUAAUUGUAUGAAGAAGUUGAUUGUCACCUCUGAUGAACCUUGGGGAUCACUGUUUGUCUACAAUUCUGCAAUAAUGAUCUUUGGAGUAAUGUUGUUGCAGCUAAUGCAAAAAAGAUGGAUGAAAUUUAUCAGUUUCAGCAGAAAUUUGAGAACAUCUUGAACCUGCGAUCACAUCUUCACUUUGGUAUUCCAAUUUCACUCUUCAAAUGUGAUGUACUGUCUUAUCUUCCUCCCUAAAUGAGGAAAACCAUGGUAAUUUAAUUACCCUUUUACUUUAGGCUGUUGAAAGAGGGUUAUAAACAUCAUAUUGUUCGGUUAGUCCUAUAUCUAUUUGGUUCAAAGUUUUUGAAGAUCCAUUAAGAAAUUGAUUUGGAAGUAUGUCUUUUAUUUUUGUGAGGGCCUUGAGAAUUUGGGAAGCUUACUAGAUUUAGAUUAGGAACGCAUCCAUCGAAUCAUGAGCUUUAGGAACAGGGUGAUGUGGCUGGUGAAUGAUUGUUCAUCUUUGCCCUGCGUGUUUAUAUUAUAUCAAAGCACCGGAUGUGAGGCCAUUUCAAUUCUUAAAAGAUGCAUCUUUCAGCUCUUCAAUGUCAUGAGAAGGAAGAUUUUGCCAUCGUACUCCCCUUUUAUUUUCACCGAAGAAAAACAGUACCAAGGUUCGAUUAUAGUAAAUUCCAAUAUUUCUGUGCUCAUGUUGAUGAAACUACAACUUUAACUGCUAAAACAAGUUGUAUAGAUAAUACUAGUUCUUGGGCAAUGAAAGUAUCUAACAUAAACUAUAUAUGCCAACUUGUCCUUGACCCAGACUGAUGUUCUUGGUGGACAUAUGCCACCCUUCAAAACACUGUUAUGGCCUUGAUGUUUCCCUUUCCAAUUUGCAUGUUCAUUCCCUAAGAGUUGGUUAUUUUCAAAUCAUCACUUGCUCUUCUUUAGUCAAACUAAAGAACCAUUAUUCUGCAAUAUGUUUCAUUUCUCCCCUGCUGUCUCUUAUGCUCUGAGGGUUGAACCAAUUUCAUUCUCCGCUGCAUCUGUUAUGGCGGUGUUGGACUUGUUCCAAUGCAGAGAUCAAAGUCCUAGGCUGAUUUCCAGUGAGAUUCAACUCUCAUUAGACAUUCCAGAUUGCAAAAAUCUCUUCGCACCUAAAGAGAUUACACAUUGCAGGAAAAUAUUAUACCCUUUCAUUAAGUUUCUUACCAGAGGAGUACUACAUGAUGCACAAAACAUUCUAUUCUUGCAUUUUUUUUAUCCGGUCUUAUAAGGCUUUGCCAUUUGAACCUGUAGCAAAUGAUGUGUGUAUGAUUGAGAAUUGCUCAAGUUUUUUUCUUUUCAUUCCUUCCUUCCUUUGUUCUUUACUAUCUGCAACUUUAACACAGUGCACAGUUUUUUCAUGUUCUUCCUUCCUCUUGUUAUUUAAUAUCUGCAACUUUUAAUAUUGUGCACUAUGGUUCAUUCUUUCUGCAAAGUGUCCUUUGCUUUUAAAGAUCCAAAAUACCUCUUAUUGAUAUUUUUACAGUUUGAUUUUUCAUUUCUUGAAAUGAUCCAAUAGUAUUAUUAAGACAGUGAUCAGAACACUGAAAACUGGCAUACAAUGUAACACCAAUUAAGAAGAAAGUGUAGAAUUACAGGGCCUCAGAGAUCUUGGUGGAUAAAGGAUCAUCAAGUAAGCCAAAAAUGGCUCAUCAAGAGUAGCAAAUAUUUUCUUCCAUCAUCGGCCAACACAAAUGAAAUAGAUUAAAACAAAUUUGCAACUUUUGACAGUCACUAAAAUUGUGCAAAUCAUUACAAAGCAUAAUCAGACAACUAAACAUGCAAAAAAAAAACCCUAAAUGAUUAUGUUCGAAAUGCAAGCAGUGGAAAUAUUCAAUAUAAGUUAGGUGUAAGAUGGUGUGAAAAGAGGGGUCAGAAGUAGCUGGUUGUAUGAUCACUUUCUGAAUGAAUCAUUGGGAAUCCGUCUGAUUUUUUCAUCAUCCCCCAACAGAGCACACACCUUAACAAAGAAGCAGAUAGUAAAAUACAAGCAAAUUCAUAGACUACAAAAAAAAUUUAACUUUGAAAGGAUUAAAGAUUUGAAAAGGAAAGCUCAGAAGCCAAGCGUAACAAUUACAUUUCAUCGAAGAAACAAUAUGAUCAAGACUGAAUCUUCUUACAUGUUACUCUUCAUCAUGGCUUUUGAUAUAAAAAAAAUAAUCAUCAAAAAAAAUACAGAAAAGCAGUAAUUGCAAGAAAGAAAUUUAGCCACUCAUAAUUUGAAGGAAAGCCAUGAAAACAAAAGCUUCCUACAAUCGUGAUUGAGCAGCUCGUUAUUGGCACCAUGCAAAAGGUGGCUUGUCACUGGAUUUCUACAAAACCCCCGUGUCUGACUGGAGUGCCUUUCUUUCUUUUCAGAUCUUAAACAUCAAUUAUGAUAACAAAACUACAUUCUUACUUUUCAAUUGAUACUAAUAGCAGAGCAAACUGACAGAGAUAAAACCAAAAAGCAUAAAAACACACAAAGGAUUAAAUGAAACGAAUAUUUUUGACGAAUUAGUAAAUGUGUCCAGGCUAUUGUGUCAAGAAACAACCAAAGAAAGUUUCAUGGAUCUUCAGACUGGGUAAAUUCAUAUUGGCUCGAUGCGGCAGACGGGUUACCACUGAAAUUGGCACCUGCUGUUGACUCGAUUAUAGAGCCGUAAACAAUCUUCCGAAAGAAGAAGUAAAAUCAUAUAACAGAGCAAACAAUUCAAUAGCUAAACAUAUCCCAUGAAUCUUAACCAGAACGAAUUCGAACAACCCAGAUUGGUUCUGUGCUAAUCAAGCAGAAUCCCCCUCGAGCUUUCCAUCUUCAGACUCAAUUGGUAUGGUGGCCACCGGAGACCAGAGGCAGGUUUCCCGGCCAAUCAACCGAUUGAGCUUGGAGGAGGAAAAUAGAGAGAUACAGAGUGGAAGCGGCGUCGUGGGAUUUAUAUAUUAUGUGGACGAAGAAUCUGCUAACCC